AUGGGGAAUUGCAUAUCCUGGGAGUCCAGGACUAUUCUGAAGGCGAAACUAAUCGGUCAGGACGGGCAGCUCCGGGAGUUCUCGUGGCCUGUUAAGGUGUCGUUUUUGUCGCCGGAAAGUUCGGAUUGCUUCAUAUGCAGCUCGGAGGAGAUGGAAUUCGGUCAGUUAAUGGCCGCCAUGGGCGGCGACGAGAUGCUGGAGCCGGGGGAGCUUUACUUCGAGCUUCCGGCGGCGUGGCGGAACCACCGGAUGCAGGCGGAGGACAUGGCGCUGCUGGCGUAUAAAGCCAGCGUAGCUCUUGCCGGAGAUGGAGAUCAUGAUUAUAAUGAUCGGAAGGUUGUAAGCUGCUGCUACUUUUGUGGAUCGAGGAAGAUUGAGCCAAGAGUGCUGUUCAGUGAGAAAGAGAGGCCGCUUCUCGCCGUGGACGGCGCCGCCGCAGCGCCGCCGAUCAACGCUGCCGGAGAUUGGAGGCGGCUAAAGUUGGUGGCGAAAUUAAGUGCUAUACUGGAAGAGGGUGAUUAA